AUGGCAGGAACACGAUCCAGUCUGAAGAGGAAGGCUCCGCCAGCGGAAGCUGUCGUGGAAACAGCUUUCCACUCUGAUGAUGAGGAGUUUGGCGACGGCCUUCUCGAGGGUGUCUUAGAAGGCGACUCAGACGACAGUAGUGACGACGAUGGCGACGACGCUGACAUUGACGAAGUGAAUGCGGAUCUGGAAAAUGAAGAGGAAGAUGCACUGGAGAGUGACGACAUACCUACUGAUGAGGAAGAUGCCGACGGGAAAAAUGCAGCAGAAGCAGACGAUGGUCCGAAGUAUCGUAUUGAGACGGAUGCGAAUGGGGGUACUCGAUACGUCUACGAAGACAUUGUUCCAGACUACGAUUCAGACGACACAGAUGCGCAGGAACCAGUAAAUACGAUUGGAAAUAUUCCCCUGUCUUUCUAUGACUCCUACCCGCAUAUCGGCUACUCGAUUGAUGGCAAGAAAGUCAUGCGCCCCGCAAGAGGAGAAGCUCUCGAUGCUCUGCUAGACUCCAUCGAGGUGCCAAAGGGCUGGACCGGUCUGACUGACCCGGCCACGGGCAAGCCUCUCAACUUGAGCCAGGAUGAGCUGGAGCUUUUGCGUCGCGUGCAGAUGAAUGAAGUACCCGAAGAGGGCUACGAUCCAUAUGCUGACACAAUCGAAUGGUUCACGUCCUUUGAGGAACCAAUGCCGCUCAGUGCGGCUCCAGAGCCCAAGAGACGCUUCCUCCCAUCAAAGCACGAGGCGAAGAAAGUUAUGAAGCUUGUGAAAGCAAUACGCGAGGGCAGGAUCUUACCUUACAAGCCCCCUGAGGAGAGGGAAAAGGAUGAAGAGGAGGAGGAGCAGUUGUUCGACCUUUGGGCAGAUGAGCAGCAAAACCCUCCGAAUAUUGAUCGUAUAUCUGCACCCAAGAUGGCGGCCCCGGGAUAUGAUCAGAGUUACAACCCACCACCGGAGUACCUGCCGACAGAAGACGAGAAGAAGGCAUGGAACGAGACCGAGCCCGAGGAACGAGCCAAGGAGUAUUUGCCAGAAAAAUACGAUGCUCUGAGGAGAGUACCUGGUUAUGAUCAAUUUGUCAAGGAACGCUUUGAGCGUUGUUUGGAUCUGUAUUUGGCGCCGCGAGUCCGCAAGAACCGCCUAAACAUCGAUCCAUCGUCACUACUGCCAAAGUUGCCACGCCCUGAGGAAUUGAAACCUUUCCCAACUGUGACUUCUAUCGAAUUCCGUGGCCACGAGGGCCGUGUCCGCUCAUUGGCAAUUGACCCCACGGGCAUGUUCCUCGCAACUGGAGGUGACGACGGAACGGUGAAACUAUGGGAGCUCAAGAGUGGUAAGCAGAUGGACAGCAUAAAGCUUAGCAGUGAUGAGCCUGUAGAUGCUGUCCGUUGGCGGCCAGGGAAAGACGCUUCGAUUCUCUCGGCAGCCGUCAGUGAGGACAUCUACUUUCUGGUUCCAUCAUAUAUCGAUCCAGAACUGCACCAAGCUAGUCGAGAUGUUCUUGAUGCCGGUUUCGGCUAUGCCACACACAGUCAACAGUUGAUGACAGCUUCUGGAGCCAGGAAAGACCCUCCGGCCAAAUGGACUCGGCCAGGGACGCGACUCGAGGAUCAAGGUGUUUUGCUCAAAGCCACAGUUCGGUCGCCCAUUAAGGUCAUACACUGGCAUAGACGUGGCGACUUCUUCUGUACUGUUUCGCCUUCUGGUCAGAAGAGUUCGGUUGCCAUUCACACGCUGUCCAAGCACCUGACCCAGAUUCCGUUCCGUAAGCUGCCAGGUUUGGCCCAGACGGCGCAAUUCCAUCCCUCACGGCCGCUCUUCUUCGUUGCAACGCAGCGGACAAUACGUUGCUAUGAUCUGCAAAAGCAAGAGCUGGUCAAGGCUCUCCAGCCCGGAGCCCGAUGGAUAUCCACGUUCGAUAUUCACCCCGGUGGAGAUAACUUGGUCGUGGGCUCAUACGAUAGACGCUUGUGUUGGCAUGAUCUUGAACUAUCGAACAGGCCCUACAAGACUAUGCGGUUCCACCCCGAAGCUAUCCGAGCUGUCAAAUUCCACCGAAGCUUCCCCUUGUUUGCUGACAGUAGUGACGAUGGGUCUCUUCAGAUCUUCCAUGGCAAGGUUACGAAUGACCUGAUGGCUGAUCCGACUAUCGUGCCGCUUAAGACCCUCAAAGGACACAAGGUUGUCAAUAAACUGGGUGUAAUGGAUAUUGACUGGCACCCGACAAGCCCGUGGGUGGUCAGCGCUGGAGCUGACGGCACUUGUCGGCUGUGGACAUGA